UGAUCGAGAAUGUCUGGGCGUGGAAAGGGAGGCAAGGGGCUCGGAAAGGGAGGAGCCAAGCGUCACCGUAAGGUCCUCCGGGACAACAUCCAGGGGAUCACCAAGCCGGCCAUCCGCAGGCUGGCCCGUAGGGGCGGCGUGAAGCGUAUCAGUGGUCUCAUUUACGAGGAGACCCGUGGGGUGCUGAAGAUCUUCCUCGAGAACGUCAUCAGAGAUGCCGUGACCUACACUGAGCACGCCCGCCGCAAGACCGUGACCGCCAUGGACGUUGUCUACGCUCUCAAGAGGCAGGGCAGGACCCUCUACGGCUUUGGUGGUUAGGGUUAGAGAGCACAAGUCUUGCUGUCAAGAAGGUGGGAAAAAAAGCAAAAAGGAGGUUUUUUUUGGCUGUUCUACUAUGGGAUUGUCUUUUUCCUUGUAAAAAGUAGUUGUUUCUAUGGGUAUGGUAGGUGUUGUGUUUGUUCAUGGUGGAAUGAACGAUCAUGGUCCUGUUAUGAAUUUCUCAAGCAUUGUCUCGAAUUUCAUCUGCGCUGAACCAUUCAAAUUCAAUUGAAAAUCAA